AGAGAGAGAGAGAUCUUUCUCAGAAUAUAUAGCCUUGACGUGUGCGAAGAUGUCUCAUGUCACACCUCAUAUUUCCCAGAUAACAUAUCCUAUGAUAUAUCGGUGUUUGUGUGCGUGCGUCCUUCUAAUAUCUACUAAAUACGAAGUCUAAGUAUUAUCAAACAUCAUUCGCACCGAGUACGUGCUCCACGGCAUCUUGGAACCGUUACGAUUAUUUGACCGCUGAAAGUAAGAAUUAAGUGAAUGUCUUAACGAAACCGACCUUUAACUCGCGCCGUCAAUGACUCGUUCUUACCACUGGGACUCUCUAGAGUAGUUCUUCGGCCUCUUAGUCCUUCGUUAGAUCACGAGCUGACAGAUCCGUUGCUCCCGUGAUGUCAGUGUUUGAUCUCUAAGUACCUAUCUAUUCCUUCGAGUAACUUUUGCGGAGUUGAAGAUUCUUCCUAAGUGACGUACUGCCAAAAUGAGCAACACGAAAUUCGACGAACUCCUCAGUAACCUGAAGACGUCGAAAUGGAAUAUCAUGUACUUCAUGUUCGCUUCCACUUGGUUCUUCCUGAUUCCAUUUCAAAGUCUGAGCGGUGCUUACAUUGCUCCAAGCGUUGGCUUCCACUGUCGUCCGCCGGAGAAUCUCAACAACGUUACCAUUUCGGAAGAUAACUGCUCGUACAAAGUAAACACAUCCAGUGAGGUGCAAGAACUUCCGUGUACGAGUUGGGAUUUCGACAAGUCGAUCUUUUCCUCAACUGCAACGAGCGAGUUCAAUUUAGUUUGUGAUCGCGAGUACCUGAGAGCAACGUAUCAAAGUAUCAAGAUGUUUGGCACCUUCGUCAGUCCCGUCAUUGGUGGAUAUUUUGCUGACAGAUUUGGCAGAAAGAUCGUAGUUGUGGUGACAUUAGUCACCUUCACACUGUGCAGCAGCGGCAUCGCCUUCCUGCACAACAUCUACGCCAUCCUGGUGUUCCGAUUCAUCGUUGGAUUCGUGAAUAUUCCGACGUUUUACACCUUGACGAUGGAAGUCACCGAAAUGCGGCUGCGGUCUUUCGUGGGCAUUCUGACGGCGCUGCCGUGGGCGUUCGGCACUAUGGCCUGGGGAGGAAUAGCCUACUUCAUAAGAGACUGGAGGACCCUUCAGUUGGCUGUGUCCCUCCCAAACCUCAUUCUUUUCCCAGUUCUUUAUUUCAUGGACGAAUCACCCCGUUGGCUGAUCACAAAAGGACAGCACGAGAAAGCAACGAAAGUGUUGAAGAAAGCUGCGCGUUGGAACAAUUCCAAACUGCCCCCUGAGGAUGAGCUGCGGUCUCUUAUGCAGGAGAUAGAAGAAGAGGCAAAAAAGGAGAGCGAAUCUCCCAAAGAUGCGGCACCAUCUGCUCAAACCAACUCCUCAAGAGUUCGCAAGAAACUUUGUAAUCUGUCGAGGCCUCUUCUUUGCAGCACGAGGAAAAUCAGCCUAAUCACUGUCUUCAUGUGCGUGGAUUACUUCAUCGUGGCCACAGUCUUUUACGGCUUAAGUCUAAACGGCACCAACUUCAGCGCAGACCCUUUCAUCUACAUGAUUCUUACUGGACUAAUGGAAAUUCCCGCCUAUUCCAUCACUGCACCGGUCAUUCAGAAGUUCGGCCGAAAAAAAACGACCAUCUUUGGCUUCUGCGUCAGUGGUGUUUCGCUACUGGCUCUAGCCUUCAUCCCUGAAGACAUAACGUGGUUAGUAAUGACUUUGGCUAUGGUGGGGAAGAUGCUGAUAAGUGCAGCAUACCAGACGAUAUAUGUCUACGUGAAUGAGCUGUUCCCGACCGUCGUUAGAACGAAAGGAAUGGGAAUUGCUGUCGUGACCUCCAGGUUGGGUUCCAUGCUGUCGCCUUAUAUCACGGAUUACAUAGGCCCCUUAGUUCCCUGGAUGCCUUCCAUGAUUUUCGGGGGCGCCGCCCUUGUAGCGGGAGUCUCGACGAUGUUCCUGCCGGAGACGCUGGGCAAACCGCUUCCCGACACGAUUACGGAUCUCGAGGAUAAUAAGAGGAGGGAAAAAAGAACCGACGUCGAGGGAGACGCAGAGGAGGAAAAACGACUGAACUCCUGAACGAACCAUUUCAUUUGCUGUUCAUCCAUCGCAGCAUCCUGCGUCAACUGCGUCACGUCUUACUGUAUUAUGUUUUGCUUUGUUCUUGACAGUUUUCAUGUUUCUUUUUUAUAAUAAACGAGGAAAAACGAGAAAA